UUGUUCUAGGGGGGUCCCCUGUGCAAAGCUAACCCCUCUAGGGUGCGAUUUCGCAGUCUUCGACUUCUGCUAUUGGUCAGCGCGUGAUCAGAUGGUUCUCUUUCCUUAUGUCCCUGGUUGGCACGCGGCCAUCCCCCUUCAGCUAAAACCCAAUCUCCCAUAUACUGCUAAUAGCUAAACCGCUUGGACUAUAAAACGCAACAAAUCAUAAAGACCAAGGGAAAGAACAGACGCUGUUCCUCUGGUUUUAUUAUUAUUAUUAUUAUUAUUAUUAUUAUUAUUAUUAUUAUUAUUAUUAUUAUUAUUAUUAUUAUUAUUAUUCCAAUGAGUUCUUAUUUUGUUAAUUCUACUUUUCCGGUGAGCUUAGCCGGGGGUCAAGAACCGUUUCUGGGACAGCUCCCCUUAUAUUCCACGGGGUAUGCGGAUCCUUUAAGGCACUAUCCUGCCACUUACGGAACAGGGGGUGGGGGAGUCCAGGAGAAGGGUUACCCGGGCGCGCCUUACUAUCAGCAAGCCAACGGAGCUUACAACCGGAGCCCAGCCUGCGAUUACGGGACAUCUGGUUUUUACAGGGAGAAAGAGACAGCCUGUUCUCUUUCAAGUUUAGAGGACCCUGUUCAGUUCGGCCAGGAGCAAGUCCGGAAAUCAGAGUGCUCCCAGAACAAACACGUUUUCGGGGAGAGCGAAGAUCAGAAGUGCUCCACUCCAGUGUACCCCUGGAUGCAGAGGAUGAACUCCUGCAACAGUUCCUCUUUCGGGCCCAGUGGCAGGCGGGGGCGACAGACUUACACACGCUACCAGACCCUGGAGCUGGAGAAAGAAUUUCACUUUAACCGUUACCUGACCAGGCGCCGCCGGAUCGAGAUAGCCCACGCGCUAUGCCUGACGGAACGCCAGAUCAAAAUCUGGUUCCAGAAUCGAAGAAUGAAGUGGAAAAAGGAAAACAAGCUCCUCAACUCCACUCAGCUGAGUGCCGGGGAAGAAGAGGAAAAAACAACGGAAUGAGAGAGCGGAGGGAGAGAGAAGGAAGAAGCGAAAAUGCCAGCGGUUGUGAGGGGCUCCAAAAAGGGCAAAGGCACAACGGAGACACACAUUUCUUGUAAAAUGCUCGAGACUGUAUGAAGGUGUUGGCCCACCUUCCUUAUGCACCCUCACUCUCGUCCAGUAAUCUGUCGUGUCAUAAUCAAGCUUCUAGUCCAGUUUAUUUCCCCACCCUUUUUGUUGGCUCCCUUCCCAUCCCCACAAACGGAUUUUUGGGGUGUCCUUCUUAGGAUUCUUGCUCUUGUAUUUAAAUGGAGGUGCUGCAAUAUAUGUGUCAGAUUUGGGGGUUGUUGAUUGUUCUCAUUUUGUAAAACAAAAGUUUCAUGCACGAUUUUACUUAUAUGUCGAUUUUUUUAAAGCAAAGUUAAUCAAACCCUAGGUUAUUUGCCAUUUAAGGGUUGUUGUUGUUUUUUAAAAGAAAAGAUAUAUUGAAAAGGAACAAUAGCUACCUAAAAAGUAUGGUGAAAUAAAAAAGAGGGGUGAUUUUGUUUGUCUUAUUUUAUUACAUUUUUUGUACAGUGUUGUGUUUGUAGUUUGUGUUAGUUAUGGAGAUAAAAGUUCUCUAAUAAACAGCUAACAAACAUGUUGAGAAAA